UAUCAAUAUUAUUCAAACCUAAAAUACCUCUCUCUACCUUCUCUCUCUAUUUUCUCUCUCCUACAAAGCUUUCUUUUCUCCGCCGUUAGAAACACAAAAACACCAACACCGCCGUGAGAAAGAGGCGUUAGCCGGCGAAUUAAUGCGGAAGUAUGAGUUGUCUAUCGCUUUUUAACCCGUAUGUGCGAGGUGGUAUUGCUCAGAAGAAUCAUCAUGUGCUCGGAGGCCGGAAUUGGCACCGUAAACACGUCGAAGACGGGUAGUUUUUCGUGUUUUUCAUUUUCUUAGAACAAAAUACAAAAUAUAGAAGAUCUUGUGAAUUCUUAAACCUCCUCCUCUCUCAGAUUAGAAAAAAAAGAGUCAAGUAUAUAUAUAUUCGGGGUUAAUUUGGUAGAUAUUGAAGUUUAAUUCGUGAUUUCUCAAGUCUAAAAUGAUGGGGGAAUUCAUGUUAGCGGUUAAAGAUAACAAUAGCAACAAGAAUGCCGCCGAGUCGCGGCCGAAUUACUGUAAAUUGGUGAUGCAGGGGAAGUAUGAGCUCGGAAGGGUGCUGGGUCAGGGGACCUUUGCUCGGGUUUACUAUGCGCGCAACCUCGAGUCGGGGAAGAGCGUUGCGAUGAAAGUUGUGGGAAAAGAGAAGGUUGUAAGGGCGAAGAUGAUGGAUCAGAUGAAGAGGGAGAUCAGCGUUAUGAAGAGGCUGAAACACCCUAAUAUUGUUGAACUGUACGAGGUUAUGGCGACCAAGUCUAAGAUAUUCUUAGCGUUGGAGCUCGUCCGAGGGGGCGAGCUCCACGCUAAGGUUUCGAAAGAAGGGAAAUUAGAAGAACAUACGGCGAGAUCGUAUUUCCGGCAAUUGAUCUCUGCUGUUGAUUACUGCCAUAGUAGAGGGGUUUUCCAUCGAGAUCUGAAAUUGGAGAAUUUACUCUUGGAUCAAGAUGAUAAUCUCAAGAUCACUGAUUUCGGAUUGAGUGCUUUCUUUGAAGAAGAGGAGAAUAAUCAGGUUUUGUUGCGGACUACUUGUGGGACGCCGCACUAUGUUGCGCCUGAGGUGGUUAGCAAGAGGGGUCAAGGGUACGACGGUUCGAAGGCGGAUAUAUGGUCUUGUGGUGUGAUAUUGUUUGUACUUCUUGCUGGUUAUCUCCCUUUUCAUGAUGAGAAUAUUAUGCAGAUGUAUCGGAAGGUGUACAAGGGUGAUUUCACUUGUCCGUCUUGGUUUUCGGCCGAGGCGAGGGAGUUGAUCACUCGGAUGCUUGAUCCUAACCCUGCUACUCGCAUCACCUUGGCUGAGAUUAUGGAAUCAAAAUGGUUUAAGGUUGAUAUCUUCGAGGCCGACGACGAAGAAGAGGGAAAUAACAACACCACCGUCAACAAGUUCCUGAAGAAGGAAGUGGAGGCGUUGAAUGCUUUUCAUAUCAUAUCGAUGUCAGAAGGGUUAGAUCUCUCUGCCCUCUUCUCGGAAGAGAAGAAGAAGAGGGAGGAGAGGGAAGAAAUUGGAUUCACGACAACAAUGUCUGAAACUGAGGUGAUUUCGAGGUUGGAAGAAUUGGCUGCCUUGAGUAGUGGUAAGUUCAAGGUCAGCAAAGUAGGGGACUCUGUGGUGAGGCUGCAAGGGCAGGAGAAGGGGAGGAAAGGUAAGCUGGUAAUCGUGGUCGAGCUAUUCGCGGUGUCUUCCUCUUUCCUAAUGGUGGAGGUGAAGAAGGAUAGCGGCGACACGCUCGAGUUCAACCGGUUUUGCCAGAACCAACUCCGCCCUGCUCUCUUGGAUGUUAUAUGGACCACCGCCGCCUCCGAUAAUCACACCAUACCACCUGCCUCAUACCCCUGUGUUGCAGUGUGCUAAAAUUUUGGCAGAUGCCUUAAACACCCCCCUUUCUUUUAGGAUUUUGAGAGUUUGACAUGAUGUUAUAUUGUUUGUGUUGUUUUUCUGUUGUGCUAUUGAUUAAUUAUUCUUUUUUUUUUUCAUGUUUCAUGUCCAUGGUUUUAUCAGUCAGUUAUAGAUUUUCUUUUUAUGUUACUGAUGUGUACCUGAUUUUCGAUGUCAAUACAAGGUGAUUAGAAGUAGCUUCUUCUGUCUAAAUUGCUUAGCAAUUACCAUUGUUUGUUUGCCAUACUCUGUAGAUGUUUGCUGCUAUAGUUUUCAAAAAUCCGAUUUCCGAUUUUGCCUUCAACUAAGUUUUUCAAUCUAAGAAACAUUUUUACCACAAUUUUGAUAAGGGUUUGCUGGUAUAGUUUUUAAAAUUCGAUUUUCAGAUUUUGUCAAUUUCACCACAAUUUUUAUAAGGUUUGCUGAAUUGCUGGUAAGCCUGGUAUAGUUCUUAAAAUUGGAUUUUCAGAUUUUGUCUACACCAUGCUUUUCCAUUAAAGAAACAAUUUUACCACAAUUUUGAUAAGGGUUUGGGCUGGUAUAGUUUCUAAAAUUCGAUUUUCAGAAUUUCACUGCAUCAUGGUUUUCAAUUAAAGAAACAAUUUCACCAAAAUUUUGAUAAGGUUUGCUGGUAUAGUUUUAAAUAAUUCAAUUUUCCAGUUUUGUCUACACCAUGGUUUUCAAUCAAUUUCUACUUCACCACAGUUUUAGUAAGUAUUCACUGGUUUAAAACCCUCUUGUAAUUGGGAGGAAGAGAAGGCUUGCAGGUUUUACGCUCACCAGACAAGAAAAUCAUUGUUCAAUCAUGCUUUAGUUCGAUUUUUCGUGUCAGUUUUUCCCAAAAUGUAUCUUUCGUAAACUGUUUUAAGUUGAAAUUCUUAAAAAGAGUCGUAGCAAUUUGUGUUGAAAACAAUUUCAAAGCUUUGAAGCAACAAUUUCAGAGUAAGGAGACACAAAGAUUGUCCUUCCUAAGUUUUCCAAAUGGUGUUCAUUGAAAUGGGAAGGAAAUUGAAUCUAUUUUAUCCCUUUCCCAGUUUACUUUUGCUUCCCUCUGAAAUCAAAGGAGCAUAUGAUCCACUAAUCUUUGAACUCGUACUCCCUAACUCUUUGAUUCCCCUCACCCAAUGAAGCCGAAAGUGUUAAGUAAAUGAAUAGAUUUAAACUUGUCACUGUAUUCACAACUUCCGUAGCCAUGUUGCAAUUGUUCAAUGCAUUGACGAUGAACACUAACAGCCUAUUAACAUUUUUACUCGAUGUAAACAUUUGAAAACAGUUAGUAAAUUUUCUUAGAUUAUAUGUAAUUGAUCAUCAUAACUGCACAUAUCUGCUUGUUUAGUCUUUAUGAAGAAAAGUAGCCAAUCUCAUGGUAUGAACACUGGAGGAGACAUUAUGAGGUGAAUCAUUCAGUAAGUGUUUUGUGUUCAAUAGUUAUUUGAUUAAUGUGUAGUACAUCUGUUUUUCCCUUAUUCCUGUUUUUGAGGUCGGAUGAUUUGAAUCUGUGCUGCAUGUUUCUUCCAUUUGGUUGAUGAGAUAACAUAACAUGUGUGAUAUGUACCUUUUUCCAAUCCAUCUGAUAGCUUCACAUAUGACCAUAUGAUAUGUUUCAUGUUAUAUUUCCAUCUAGUUGAUUGUAUAACAUCUAACAUGUCUUGCAUGUUCAUGUUCCAUGUGGUUGAUGAGACGAUCUCUGAUGUGUUGUAUGUUCAUUAACUUCAAAUGUAUGACGUGUUUCAUUUACGAGUUUCUUGAUAAUGUUUGUCAAUCUGUUGCGUAUUUUAGUCUGCCUUUCUUGUUCUUGUCUUAUGUGUUUCAGGACUUGAUCUUGGAUUUGUUGGCCAAUUAUGGUAAGUAUGUACUGUAUUUUGUUUCUGGCUUCGCAAUUCAUUCUGUGUUUUACUCCGUACCUGUGGUGAAUCUGUGGUUCCCCUCAUACAGGUUGGUGUUUGGAGUUGAGGUUCAUAGUUGAUCUAUACUAUGAUUGUGGUCAAGCAUGAAGCAUCUCUGAUAGUUACAAUCGAAUUACAAGGACAUUUGAUGUUGCUUACUUGAGUAAAUUGACAGGUGCGAAAGUUAAUGAUCGGGUAGCUUAAAAUACGGAGCACAAUAUGGUUCUCGUGAAGCAUCGGAGAGAACUCGUGCUUCACGUUGAUUGUGGGUGAUUCAGCAUUCAUACAAUCACACGCAAACAGAUGGAAUUGGAUGUGAAGAUAUUUUCCUUUGAUUAUUGUAGAACAUUGGGGAGGUUUCAUUAAGUAUUCUAUUGGUCAUGUAAUGUACAGUAGAAUUUUAUGUCUAACUUAUAAUAUCCAUCGUUAUCACAAUUUAAGUUUCACUUUUUCUAA